UACACAGAACGACUGCAUACAGCAUUUCUGCAAUAUUACUACACUAAUCCUAAAAUAAUUUUACUGUGGCAUAUUUGAAGUACAGUCUGUAGUACUGGUACCUCUUCUAUAUGCUGUUCCUUCUCUUCCUUUUUCUUCUGUGGUUGCAGAUGGACUCAUCGGCGCCUCCUGGCCUCUCUCUGGUCUCCGUCUUGUCUCUGUUAGCAUGCAGUGGCCAGCUGUUGGCAGCUGUCCUGCUAACACGCAGGUAUUGUGGGCGGAGCUCUACACAGAACUGGUGGAUCUUGCUGUGGCUCUUUUAUGAUGUCAUUGUCCAUCUGACGCUGGAGGGUCCGUUUGUUUACAUGUCUCUGGUUGGGACAGUGGAGGCUUCUGAAGGGCCACUGGCUGAGCUCUGGAAGGAGUACGGGAAAGCCGACAGUCGCUGGCUGGUUUCUGAUCCGACGAUCGUCUCCAUCGAGAUCCUGACCGUCGUCCUCGACUCGCUGCUAGCUCUCCUCCUUAUACACGCAGUACUGAAGGACAAGUACUACAGACACUUCCUGCAGAUCGCUCUGAGUGUGUGCGAGCUAUACGGCGGCUGGAUGACCUUCUGUCCUGAUUGGCUGAUGGGCAGCCCUCACCUGAACACAUCCUCCUUGCUCUACCUGUGGGUCUACCUGGUCUUAUUUAAUGGAGUCUGGGUCCUGGUCCCAGUCCUGCUGCUGCUCCAGUCCUGGUUCAGCCUAAGGAGUCUGCACGUGCUCAGAGCGGACCAAAGCAAAGCAGCUAAAAGACAGUGAUGUCACUGAUAUGGUUUAAACUGAUCGAUGGCCGAGUCCGAGGAUCAUUUAAAUAUUCAUCUGAUGUCAGAAUCAAUCACCACGAUCAAUCGUUUGAAAAAGAAACAUUUUAUUAUAGAUACAGUUUCAGUGCCUUAAAUUAUUGCUUUGGAACAUCUAACCACAUCUCCCCUGUCUUCUUUGCACCACCAUUCACCUCCUCCCUCCCUCCCUCAGCUCCUUUUGAUUCGAUUCAAUUCAAUUCAAUUUUAUUUAUAUAGCGCCAAAUCACAACAAA